CACACACACCACGCAUAGAUAGAUGCAUAUGCUACGCACAUCAUUCUGCACAUAUACAUACAUCAUCCUGUACGUAUACCCCCGGGGGAGGGGAGAAAAAGAAAGUCGGGACAUUUUCCUUUGAUUUUAUAUGGAAUUGCUGAAAAGACGUCAGCGUCCACCUUCUUCUUCUUCAUCAUCUUCAUUAUCAUCAUCGUCUUCUUCUUCUUCUUCUUCUUGCUGCUGCUCUUGUUGUUGUCGUCCUCUGUCCUCUGUAAAAGCCGCAUGAGCUGGAAUCUGAGCUAGGGAGUAGGGUUAGGAAUUGGCGGGAAUAUUAUUAUUAUUAUUAUUUUCUGUUCGAGCUAGCUUGCUAGGCACUGUUUGGUGCUGCUGGAGGAAUUGAACAGUUUUGUGGAAGUUUGGAUUGAGAAUUUGGUCCAGGCAAAAUGAAUUCUACGUAUACGCAGUUUGUUGCCUCCAAAAGAAUGGGCAUCUGUGAUCCAAUCCAUCAACUCGGGAUGUGGGGAGAUUUCAAGGGAAAUGGCUUCGCAACCCCGCCUGCAGCAACCAUGAUUCUAGAAGUCGAGAAAAGCCUAGACAAUCCGAUGCCAGUGAUUGCGAAAACACUGGACAACCAGAUGGAGGACUUGUCACAAGGAUCUUUAGGACCUUCUAACAAGUAUGAACACGAAGCAAGUAAACCAAUUGAGAAGGUACUGAGACGCCUGGCACAAAACCGUGAGGCUGCCCGUAAAAGUCGUUUGCGGAAAAAGGCCUAUGUUCAGCAAUUAGAAAAUAGUAAACUGAAACUGAUUCAGAUGGAGCAAGAACUAGACCGAGCGAGACAACAGGGUCUAUGUGUAAGUGGUGGAUUAGAUUCUAGUCUGCUAGGUUAUUCUGGAUCUCCAAACUCAGAUCUCAGCCCCUCCCUUAUUGAACCUGCAGCCAUUACUGCAUUUGAGAUGGCAUAUGGACACUGGGUGGAAGAACAAACUCGACGAAUAAAUGACUUGAGGAAUGCUUUGCAUUCUCAGGUUGGUGAUAUUGAAUUAGGCAUUCAUGUUGAGAGUUGCAGGAAUCACUAUAUUGAUCUUUUCCACAUUAAAGCAACUGCGGCAAAGGCUGAUGUCUGCUACAUUAUAUCCGGUGUGUGGAAGACACCAGCUGAACGUCUUUUCCUUUGGAUUGGAGGUUUUCGUCCUUCAGAGAUUCUAAGGGUUCUCAUGCCACAUCUUGAGCUCUUGACAGAAGAACAACAUCAGAGUGUUUCUACCCUCGCUCAAUCUUGUCAGCAGGCAGAAGAUGCUCUAACGCAAGGAAUGCUUAAGCUUCACCAUUUUCUGGCAGAUACUGUUUCAGCAGGCCAACUAGGUGAAGAAAAUUACCUCCAACAGAUGCAUUCUGCAAUAGAAAAGUUGGAACAUUUAAUACGGUUUGUAAACCAGGCGGAUAACCUUAGGGAAUUAACCCUAAACCAGAUGUCUCACUUCUUAACAACCCGCCAAGCAGCAAGGGGCCUUCUCGCCUUGGGGGAGUACCUUCAACGACUGCGCACUCUGAGCUCACUUUGGGCAAACCAUCCUCGUGAGGCUGCUUAACAAUGUGAACCUCAAGAGUCUCCCCACCUUUCAAACUCAAUCAGCUUUACCAGCCUCCCGUGCAAGUCUGGUAUGGAUAUGGAUACGGAGCGCAAAUCUCAACUGCUGUCAACUUGGAGGCCACUUGCCAUGAUUGCCGAUUUGUGAAUAUGUUGAUCUGUUGUGUCAUGGAAGUUUGCAGUUGCAGUUUCCUUUCAUAUACAUAUAUUUCUUUGCCGGUAGGCGUAGUCUUGAACAAUAUAUAUGAGAUAUAAAAAAAAAAUGCAGUGGUGAAGUUUGGUAUUGAUAGUGUCAACUGUAUAUUGCAGCAUCUAUACUAAUGUUAGGGCUAUUUUUGGAUGCUUUGGGGUUGAACAGUUGCUCAGUUUAAAGAAAAGAACAAAAAAAUGGUAGGCAAAAACAACACUGUAUUGCAAAUUUUAUACUGUGUUUAUAGUAACAUUAGUAUUCUGAAUGUUUUCUAUUU